GCAUUAAAAGGAUUAAGUUGAUCUUUUAUACAUAUAUUGCCAUAUUUGUUUUCCUGCAUUUACUCUAUUUCAUGAAGCUUGUUUGGCCCUCAUGUUUCCACAGAAACGUACACAUAGAGGCCUUUAACGGAACUUGGUGGUGGUUUAAGCGGCAGUGAGUGGCGCAGUCGUGCGGGGGAAAGCCCUGGCUCAUGUGCUCUGCUGUGCGCACUGUUUGGCGGCAGUCUCCAGAGCGCGUGCACGGUCAGCCAUCAGCUCAUGUCUCCGCUCCUGAUCCCGGUCUGCAACUCCUCCGCUCAUCCUCUUGUCAAAACGUGCCCCGCCCGCGGGACCAAUGGGCGUCGAGUCUGCGUGGGCAGGAAGUGACGUGCGGGGUUCCUGCUUGUGUAAAACUGCAGCACAAAUAUUAUCCACACAAACCAACAUCUCUCAUCUGUUAGUGCACACACACACAGACAGCGCGUGUGUGUGCGCGUGCGUGAGUGCGUGCUGCAAAACAAAUUAUAAAGAAGACAAACUGACAAAUGUGAUUCAGAUUUGUAUUGGAGUGAAAUGAGACCAGUUCCCAUUUCCUGAGACAGUUUCCCUUUCAUGUCCACACACAGAAGACUCACAAUCUCACCUCCAACCUUCAUGGACCAACAGCAGCAGCAGUAGAAACAGUGGAUCAUCUGAAGCUUUGGACAAACCAGGAGAAACUUUCCACUGCUGUGAGUGUGCGUAAGGUUUGCGCACCGCCUCUGUGGCACCUCCCCGCUCCUCCACAGAUCCACUUGCCCUCUUGUACCUCACAGGCUGCAGCAGCAGCAGCAACAGCAGCAGCAGCAGCAGCAAAGAAGCCGCAGCAGCAGCAGCAGCAGCAGCAGCAGUAUUUCUCCUGGCUGUUGUAGUUAAAGCAGAAUCCACUCACAGAUUUUCGUCCUGAGGUGUUGACUGUGUCUCUGGCUCGUGUUUGGACUUACAGGACCGCGCGUCAUGCCACGACACCUGCACCAGUCCACGGUCCUGUUCCUGGACCGCGUGGUUCCUUUGUAACUGGAUUUAUUUAUUUAUUUAUUUUUUAAAAACUCUUAGAGGGAGAAGAGGGCAUGAUCUCCUGGUGAAGAGAAGAAAGUGAAGUUUGAGCAGCAGCAGAAGAAGAAGAAGAUAAAGGAGGAGGAGGAGGAGGAGAAGGAGGAGAUCAUCUUCUAGAAACACUGACUCUCAUCUGACUUGUUAGAUGUUCGAUCAGGCCACAACUAUGGGCGAUGGGAACCACCGCUGUGGACCCAAUAACUCGCUGUGUCCGGACCGGAUGGAGACAAAAUGCCGCGCCGACAUUGGCAGCCGCUCCCCGGUUCCGAGCUCCAACGACACCCCGGGGACUUCAGCGUCCACACCGACCUCGUCCAGCGAAGACGGACACGACAAACUUUUAGGAGCGGACCCGGACUACUGUCGCAGGAUAUUAGUGAGGGAUGCCAAAGGCACCAUCCGGGAGAUCGUCCUGCCCAAAGGUCUGGAUCUGGACCGGCCCAAGCGCACGCGGACCUCCUUCACGGCGGAGCAGCUGUACCGGCUCGAGCUCGAGUUCCAGCGGUGCCAGUACGUCGUCGGCCGCGAGCGCACCGAGCUCGCGCGGCAGCUCAACCUCUCCGAGACACAGGUCAAGGUGUGGUUCCAAAACCGCCGCACCAAACAGAAGAAGGACACCACCAAAGAUUCGGACAAACGCUCUUCCUCCACGUCCGAGUCUUUGGCCACCUGCAACAUCCUGCGCCUUCUGGAGCAGGGCCGCCUCCUUGCGGGCCCCGUCCCGCCUCCCAACGCCCUCUUGGGGCCCCCGCCUCACCCUGCCAACGGCUCCUUGCUGAGCAGCCCCGGCGGAGGCUCCUCCUCCUCUCCUGGAAUCAGCAGCAGCACUCCUCCCAGCUCUCUACCAGGGGGGGCGUUCGGUUUGUCGCUGCCGUCGCUCGGCGGCACCCCGCCUUCACCGCGGCUGGGCGUCCCACCACCACACUCCCUCUGCUUCUCCAUGCCCCUGCUAGGGGGCGCUCAUCAUGAACUCACAUCCGCGUACGGCUGCGGGUCCUCGGCGUUUGAGCCGUACAUGCGGCUGGACAGGAAAGAGGCCGAUCAUGGUGGAAAGAAGACGGUUUCUUAAAGAGAAGCGUCCCUGUUUGGGGGACAAUGAGGGUGACGGAGACUCGUCUUUGUGAGCCACGGUUUCUCCUCCCGCUGCCUGGUUGACACACAAGUGGCUGCAAACGGGGGGAAGAAAUCAGCCCAGAUGAGACCAGGUUUCUCUCCUGCGUCACCAUUUUGUGCCACAGUGCUGACACAAAAUGGUGAAAAGGACUUGAUGUGAAGGAGACUCUCCCCCAUAAAAAAAAACACACAAAAGAAAAAAAGAAACUAGUGAAUUUUUGCAUAAAUGCCGUGUGUGUAUGUUGCGUGAACCCUUACGGACGGACGUUUUUAUCGCCACUGUCUUUGCAGUGGUUUUCCAGUGACUCUUCUUUUUAUUUGUUUGUCCAGUGAGUUUAUGUACGUGUGUGUGUGUGUGUGUUUUUUUUCUCUCUACACAGGCCUUCAUUUACUGUUCAGGAAAAAAAGAAAAUACUUGACACGAAUAGUUCAGACUGAAUCGGCAUUUACAAAGAGAGCAGUUUGUACACAUUUCUGUUCCAGUGGCCACAUUUGAUUUUAGUUGGUGUGCUAUCACAAAACACAA